AUGUUAAGCUGCUCAUCUUCAGAAAUUAUAAAGAGUAAGAAUUAUUUAGACCGACUUUAUUGGAUUUCUGAUGUUUCUCCUCCAAGAAAUCGCCCUAAUUCUUAUUUCAUUUGCAUAGAUUCAGAUCUCAUCUACAAACCUUUUUGCUACGAUUUUGGGCCACUUAACCUAGCUUUGACAUAUAGAUAUUGUGUUCAAUUAGAAAGACUUUUAAAAGACCCACGAUACGAAUACCAGCGAAUCUAUCAUUACACUUCAGAAAAAGCCGAAAAGAAAGCUAAUUCAGCUUAUUUAAUUUGUGCUUUUCAAGUAAUUGUCCUUGGAAGAACUGCUGAAGAAGCUUUUUCUCCUUUUGAGAUGCAUGAUCUAGAGCCCUUUCGUGACGCAAGUGAUGGGGAAUGCUGAUAUGAAUGCACAAUAAAGCAUUGCAUUUCUGCAUUAGAAACUGCGAUCAGGCUUAAAUGGUUUGAUUAUAGGAGUUUCAAUGUAAAGGAAUAUGAGUUUUAUGAAAAAGUAGAAAAUGGGGAUGCCAAUUGAAUUAUCCCUGACAAAUUUUUAGCUUUUAGCUCUCCAUCUGAAAAACAGCAUAACGAAGAUAGAAGAAUGACGCCUGAGGAUUAUUCAAAGAUUUUCCGUAAAUUGGGAAUCAGUACAGUUAUCAGGCUAAAUAAAAGAGGAUAUCAGCCUGAAAGAUUCACUCGUGAAGGGAUAAAACACCAUGAACUUUAUUUUAUGGAUGGGAGUAUACCUGACAGUGAAAUAAUAAGGAACUUUAUAGAUAUUGGGCUAAAAGAAAAGAGUGUAAUUGCUGUGCAUUGUAAAGCUGGCUUAGGAAGGACAGGCACUUUAAUAGGAUGCUACGCAAUAAGAGUGUUUAAUUUCCCAGCACAUGAGUUUAUUGCAUGAUGCAGAAUUUGCAGACCAGGCAGCAUUCUUGGCCCUCACUCCUCCCUCCGUGAGCGAACAAAAUCAUUGGAAAGAUCCCUAUUUUUUUGCCUAAAAACCCACACUCCGUGAGUGAACAAAAAUUUUUUAUGAAAAAAGUGAAACCUAUUAUAAUGAAAUCUCUAACUAAUUAUAAAUUUUAAUUUUUUACAAAUUGGAAUUUUUUUAAAAAAAAAAAUUUAAUUCCUCUCUGGUUAGCGAAAAAAAUGUUUUUGUUCAUGGAGGGGGAGUCAGCAACAAUUUUUGCUGGAUUACGAAGAGGGCUUAAAAAUAUCGAGAUGCAGACCUAGAAGCUUAUCAAUGACGUUUGAAGAAAAAAUAAAAGCUUAUAUAGGAGAUCCAGGGCAAGCUGAAAAAUUGUUAGAAGCUAAGAAGCACAACCAGCAAUCUGAUAGUUUUAAAGAAAACAGAGCAAGAAUUCCAUCAGCCCACCAAAGAGUAAAAAGCGUAAGCUAUGAAAUACCUACAGAAGGAUUCCCUUCGCAACCUUUUCGACCAAAUUUGUAUUUAAGAAGGCAUGGAAGUGUGUUAUAUUAA